UAAACAACGUCGUGAAAGUACUCUCCCAGGAUGCUCAGGGCAUUCUGAUGAAGUAGCUUUACAAGGGUACUAUGGAGAUGCCGGGCUGGGGUGAUGUAAGUGGCAGCGUGCUCUUGGGGUGGCAUGAGAAGCUGACAGAAGUUGCCGGCACUGACUGUUACCCAACGGACAGGCAGAGUGGACUGACGGGUCGCCGAUUGGUUAAUUUACUUACCCAUGGCAUCGAAUCUCAGGUAAUCACCACCUGGACAAUUUGUGUCUUAUCGCUGUGUCCAUGCGCAACCUUAUGAGAUCGAUUCCGCUCCCGUAAGCAUAGCAUGAGGGUGCCUGGGCUGUCAAUGGACGCCUCUAAGCUUCAACCCCAGGAUUCAACGUCCAGAUGCGGGCCCAUCGGGUCUGUCUCGUCAGUCAGGGUGAUUACAACACUCCAGAGCGAACUUUAAUGGUAUGCA